AUGAGACGGGCCGCUAGGCCUUGCGAGUACCGGAUUUCUGGGAAAUCAGGUUUUUAGAGCCAGAAACUUUUUGUUCCAAAACUUUUUUCUGAUCUGCC